CUCUGUUUUCUCAGCCAGAGCAACCAGGCUGAAAGACAACGAUUUGUUCCCAUCACACAGAGAGAACCAAAGGUGAAUGGGGGAGAGGAAUCCAGAUCUCCCCUCAUCCCAGCUCAAUCCUCCCAGGUCUAGGGUCUUCCAGAUCUUGGACUUUGAUCCCCAGAAUUCCCCAGCUAACCUGGCCUUUGAUGAGAAUUCGGGGGGUUGAAGUCCACACAUCUGGGAGGCAUCAAGGCUUGGGAAAAGUGCUACCCUAUCGCUGGAAAAAAUGAGUGCCGAUUGCAGAAUGGCUAAAUAAGCAUUGAGGCUGCAAUGGAAUAUACAAGAGAUUUCAAAAUGCCAAGCCAGGAGUCUCUCGGGACUUACCAGGAUGAGACUAAAACGGGACAAGAUUUUACCUGGGUGGUUAAGGCUAAUAACCGAGCUUAUCAUGAACAAAUUCGAAAGAAGCAUCUCUGGUGUUUGAAGAAGAAAAAAUAUGCAGACAAUGCCAUUAAGACGGCUAAGUACAACUUUUUCACUUUUCUCCCUCUCAACUUGUAUGAACAAUUUCACCGGAUGGCUAAUGUAUACUUCUUGUUCAUGAUUCUUUUGCAGACCUUCCCACAGAUCUCCACACUGCCUUGGUUUGCACUCCUCUUUCCCCUGUGUAUCUUGCUCUCCAUCAGAGGCAUCCGUGAUUUAAUUGAUGAUGUUGCACGACACAAAAGUGAUGGGGAAAUCAACAACCGACCUUGUGAGAUCUUGACAGGUGGAAGUUUCUGCAAAAUGAAAUGGUGCAAUAUACAAGUGGGUGAUAUCAUUUGCCUCCACAAGGAUAGCUUCGUACCGGCUGACCUCCUUUUACUCUCCAGUUCUGAACCAAACAGCCUCUGCUAUGUGGAGACCAUGGACAUAGAUGGAGAGACUAACCUGAAAUACAGACAAGCUCUCCUGGUAACACACGAGCAGCUGACCUCUAUGGAGGACAUGGCUGCCUUUGACGGUGAGGUGGUCUGUGAAGAGCCAAACAGCCGGUUACACAACUUUAUCGGUACCUUAGAGUGGCACGGAGAGAAAUACCCUCUUGAUUAUGAGAAAAUCCUGUUGCGUGGCUGUAGAGUGCGUAACACAGAGGUCUGCUACGGCCUUGUUAUUUAUGCAGGUUUCGAUACCAAAAUCAUGAAAAAUUGUGGAAAGAUCACGUUAAAAAAAACAAAACUCUGCCAUCUAAUGGAUCGUCUCGUGCUCAUGAUCACAGUCUCUCUCCUCCUGAUCUCCUUCGGCCUUGCCAUUGGCUCAGGGUUAUGGGCCACCAAGUUCUUCCAGGAACACAGCUAUCUUUUGGCCUUCUACCACCACACCAGUGCAGUCAGCUACGCCUUCUUUGCGUUCUGGGGGUUCCUCAUCCUCCUCAGCUUGGUCAUCCCCAUGUCCAUGCUCAUCACGUUUGAAUUUAUCUACCUGGUCAACAGCUGUUUCAUCAACUGGGACACAGAGAUGUAUUAUGCAGAGAAGGACACACCUGCCAAUGCUCGGAGCACAAGCCUGAAUGACCAGUUGGGGCAGAUUGAAUAUAUUUUCUCAGACAAAACAGGCACCCUGACUCAAAACAUCAUGACUUUCAAGAAAUGUUGUAUCAAUGGAAACAUCUAUGGUUCAAGCAACAAGACUGAAUGCAAAUCAAUGGAUUUGAGCUGGAACAAAUAUAUAGACAAGAAGCUGGAAUUUCAUGAUCAGUUGCUUUUGGAUACCAUCCGGCGUGACCAGGACCCGGUGGUGAGGGAAUAUAUGCGGUUGCUUGCCCUGUGUCACACUGUCAUGGUGGAGGAGAAAGAAAGUGAGCUUGUUUACCAAGCUGCUUCACCAGAUGAGGAAGCCCUGGUAACAGCUGCCAGAAACCUGGGUUAUGUCUUUCUCUCCCGCACUCAAGAUACUAUCACGAUAAGUGAACUGGGUAUACAACGGACUUACAAGGUGCUGGCAUUGCUAGAUUUCAAUAGUGUCAGAAAACGGAUGUCUGUUUUAGGUGAGUAUGGAUUCUUCAGGUAUUACUUCUCUGCAUAUUUGUUGAGCUGCAAAUAUCCCUUCCUCGUGUUCUCUCCAGCUGCGGACAUAGGAGUUGGAAUCAGUGGGCAAGAAGGCAUGCAAGCAGUACAGUGCAGUGAUUAUGCACUGGCUCAGUUCCGCUACCUUCAGAGGCUCCUCUUCGUCCAUGGAAAGUGGUCCUACCUCCGGAUCUCCAAAUUUCUCCGCUACUUCUUCUUCAAGACGUUUGCUGGCAUGAUGGUGCAAAUCUGGUUUGCUUUCUAUACCGGAUUCACAGCACAGCCUCUGUUGGAGGGCUGGUUCCUUGCCCUUUAUAAUGUUAUCUACACAUCGUUCCCAGUCCUGUGUUUGGGCUUGUUUGAACAGGAUGUGAACGCCAAGAAAAGUCUGCAGUUCCCCGAGCUGUACAAGGCAGGUCAAAAAGACCUCUUCUUCAAUUUUGGAAUAUUCUUUGUGUCAUUCAUCCAUGGAUCCUUUGUCUCUUUGGUCAACUUCUACGUCACCAUGUGGGCCAUGGGGGACAGAUCAGGCAUCCGGGUCACUGGUGAUUAUCAGUCCUUUGGAAUGGUUGUUGCAACCUCUGCCAUCUUGACAGUUAUGGCUGAGAUCAUGCUGGAGAUGAAAUUCUGGACUGUCUUCUCUUCUCUGGCCAUCUUGAUCAGCGUCCUGCUUUAUUGUCUUUUCACGUACAUCACUCAAAACUUCCUAGCUUACAGAACUGCUCCCAAGAUGUUCCCCUUUCCUGAGGCCACCAGGAAUGCUCUGACUGACCCAACUGCUGUGCUUGUCAUGUUGCUGUGUGUUGUGGUGAACAUCAUCCCCUCCCUUGCAGUCCGUUUUGUGUACAAUACUAUCUGGCCUCCGACUAUGUCAGAGAUGUUUCAAGUCCAGGAGAUCCAGAAGAAGCAAUCGAUGGUGGAGCUGACCUCUCACAACAGUAGAAAUUCACUCCUGAGGCGUUCCAGCUAUGCCUUUUCCCACAAGGAAGGAUAUGCCCAUCUCAUCGCCAAAGGAGCCAGUCUGCGGAGCAAGCGUAUCCCCGUUCGCAGACAACUGAAUGGCUUCUACAGCCCUGAAAAAGACAACUCACCGCCAACUGAGAUCAACCCUGCUUCUAAAGAAGCUUCUGUGGAGCAGAAGGUCCAACUCAUUUGAAGGAGACAAAGCCUGUUUCAGAGAACAGGGAGGCCCUAUAUUCCUUGUCCUGCCUAGGGGUGACUUUUGCCUGAAUGGCACGAUUUCUUCCUGAAACGGAGGCCUGCACUUGGCAGAAGCUUUC